UGUAUUAUCAUCCUUGAAACUUGAAACUUGCAGCAGGCCUUUAAAGAUUUUCAUACUGGCACCGUUUAAAUAAUCAACUUGGGAGAUAAAGCUGGUCAGUGUUCGUCUGGCAGUUGAGAAGCAUUCUCGGGUGGUUCGCAAAUGACGCUCAAGUGACAUGUACGUAAACAUGAAGACCGACAAGCUCACAGUGCCCCUGAACGAUGAAGGGAAAUUGGAUUUGGGCCUUACUCGAAUACGCGCAAACAGGAAGGCAAACGUUUUAGCAAUACUAGGUGUUUUUCUUCUUGUCGUUAUUAACAUCUUCCUGUUCGUCGAAACUACCCUGGCCUUAUCGCGAGUGAAGACUUUGGAAGAAGAAGUGGACCUUCUCAAAAUUUCCGUGAACGAUUUGAAACUUCAGAGCGACAUCAUCAACGCUAUUGCCGACUUCGAAAAUGACGUGUAUGAAGACCCUGAAGAACAGACGGAAGCAGCAUCAGAGACUUUAUCGAUGUCUCCAGAUGAAUACGAUGAUGACAUGGAGUAUGACUACGACCAUCUCAACGAAACGGCAGAGUUGGACAGGAUAAUAGAGAAUCUCAGACUAGCAACAAAUCUCACAAAGGAUGGAAAGGAAAAUUCAAGAACCAAGAGGAACGUCGUUGCUGCUACUGAAGACGGAGUCAUCAUUAACUCUGAAUCAUAUGCAGAGAGGAAAGCUAAAAAUAAUACGAGAAGGGAUCGUUACAGGUUACGUGGACAAUCGAUAACGGCGAUGCCAGCUCGACCCUCUUCUUUUGGCAGUUCGCCAUAUAUUACACCAGACGGAUACAGUUCGGAACUAUCCACCUCCAUGGGCAGAUCUUAUUCACAAAAUAUAAAAUCACCAAGACGCACACCUCCACCUGUAUACGUGAGACAAUCAAGAGUGAUGCAUCGGAAUGACAAGUUGAAAACACACAAAUCUGUCAGGAAAUCUGCUCUAAAAUCUGGAGAUGAAUUUAGUGAGGAAGUAACAUCUAGCCCUGAUGUUGUUAUAGUUCGAGAUCUCGGAAGACGUAGCAGAAUGGGUCGAGUAAGGUUACCUGCCAUACACUACAACGGGGACACAUCUAAGUAUGUCAUGGGACAGCACACGAAUUUCAACGGAAACGGCCAUCUUAAACAUCCUCAAGGCACUUUUGUAGACUGGAAAGUUAGCGACUGGGCGACAUCUUCAGGAAUGGACUCGUACUUCACAAUGGAUGAAGGAAUUCUAACGAUUAAAGAUUCUGGAAUAUACUUCAUAUACGCUCAGAUAUACUACUUAGAUGAACACGACGUCACUGGAUUCAGAGUGUACAAAAACAGGAACACCGUCCUUCUUCAGUGUACCUCAACAGUACACUCUCGAGAAAGGGCAUUGAUAGGUAACACGUGCUAUACAGCUGGUGCCGAAUAUCUUUCUGAAGGCGACACUAUUACCCUCUCAGAUGUCUCAACCGGAAGAUACUCCUUGUUCGAACCAGGCAAAUCCUUCUUCGGGCUAAUAAAAUUAAGCGAUAUAAAACUCAAGUAACACCAAAAUCUAUUUUUAAGCUAUUUAUUCCGAUAUUUAUAAGUAAUAACUUCUAAUCUUUAAUACACUCAUAAAAUGUACAUUUUCUGGAUAUGUAGAACUCAUAAUUCUGUAGGAGUGUGUUAUUAUUUAUUUUUCUAAACGAGAUAUACGUUCAAUAUGUGUGCCAUUAAUAACCCUCUCUUAGUUUUUAUACCUAUUAUUUAUAGUUAUUUUAGUAAGUGAUAUAUUUUAUUAAUAGUUGUAUGUGUUCUGAUUUACUUCGAUGCCAAAGUUCUGCUUAUUUUGUUAUAAAUAAAA